GAGGGGGGGCAGCGUGGUGCCCGCCCCGGAAGCGUCAGUGGAGGAGGGCUGGGCACCCCGGGGAGGGUGGACCGCGGGGAUAGCGGCUAUUUGCAGAGAGGCUACGGGCUUUGUGGACUGGCGAGGCCACAGAUCAGUUAAGUGGCAUUGGAUAUAUCUGCGGGGGUAGGGGGUGGAGAGAUGAAGGGCCACGGAGGGGCGUGGGGAUAUACUGUGGUGGACGGAAGCUUUUCCCGUCCAGCGUUCACGGAUUUAAGUGACACAAUGUAGGGAGAAGACAGCGGAAUCCAAAACAAGCAGGUGUGCUCGGGAAGGGGCUGGCACCAGGAAGUGAAGAGUAGAGUGACUGACAGGCUGAAGGUGGGAGUGGAAAAGUGUGAUCCGGUUAGAAGGUUAGACCGCCAAAGUUGAAGAGAUGGGAGGGAAGAGAACGAACUGAAGGCAAGAGCGUGUUUGUGUAUCCUGUUCCAGGCAGCUGACCGGAAGAACUGCCACCAUGUUCAACCAGCAGCUCCAGCAGCAGCAACAAUUGCAGCAGCAGCAGCAGCAGCUCCAGCAGCAGCAGCAGCAGAUACUCCAGCUCCAGCAGCUGCUGCAACAGUCCCCACCACAGGCCUCCUUGCCUAUGUCUGUCGGCCGGGGCCUCUCCCAGCAGUCAACCCCACAGCAGCUUCUGAAUCUCCAGGGCCUCCACUCGACCUCCUUGCUCAGUGGUCCCAUGCUGCAAAGAGCUCUGCUUCUACAGCAGUUGCAAGGACUGGACCAGUUUGCAAUGCCACCAGCCACGUAUGACAGUGCCAGCCUCACCAUGCCUACGGCAGCAUUGGGCAACCUUCGUGGUUACAAUGUGACAGCCCCAGGCCUAGCAGCUCCCAGCCUCACACCACCCCAGAUGGUCACCCCAAAUCUGCAACAGUUCUUUCCCCAGGCCACUCGCCAGUCCCUGCUGGGGCCUCCUCCUGUUGGGGUCCCAAUAAAACCUCAGCUCAACCACUCAAGGAGGAACUCCCAGAAACAGGGCAGAACCUCCUCUUCCACCACCCCCAAUCGCAAGACGGUGCCUCUGGAAGACAGGGAAGACCCCACAGAGGGGUCUGAGGAGGCCACAGAGCUCCAGAUGAGCACAUCUGAAGACCAAGACUCCCUAGUCUGCCCAGAUGGCAUGGUGAGUGAGCCCCAAGAGCCUGAGCCUGAGCCCUUUGAGGCGUUGGAACCACCAGCCAAAAUGUCCAGAAGCUCAGAGGAGUCCAACGAGAAAGGCCCUGCAGGGCAGCCACAAGCAAGGGUCCAGCCUCAGACCCAGAUGACAGCACCAAAGCAGACACAGACUCCAGAUCAGCUGUCUGAGCCACCAGAAGCCCAAGUGCUGCCGCUUAUCCAGCCACAGGUUCUGCAGAUCCAGACGCAGCCAAAGCUGCACAAGCAGGCACAGACACAGACUUCUCCAGAGCACUUAACGCCCCAGCAGAAUCAGGUAUCUGCCCAAGCACAGUCACAGGAGCAGACAUCAGAGAAGACCCCGGAUCAGCCUGAGACCUGGCCACAGGGGUCAGUACCCCCACCAGAGCAAGCGACAGUUCUGGCCUGUGCCACAGAACCUCGGCUAUCAUGUAACGCUGCAGAAGCUAGGGGAGACCCCGAGGAGGCCUUGCCAGAAACAGUAAGUGCCCCGAGCAGUGAAGACAGGAGCCGGGAAGCAUCAGCUGGUGGCCUGGACGUGGGAGAGAUGCUGGGGAUGUGGGGGGCUGGGAGCUCCCUGAAGGUCACCAUCCUGCAGAGUAGCAACAGCCGGGCUUUCAACACCACACCCCUCACGUCUGGACCUCGCCCUGGGGACUCUACCUCUGUGGCCCCUGCCCUUGCCAGCACACCCUCCAAGCAAAGCCUCCAGUUCUUCUGCUAUAUCUGCAAGGCCAGCUGCAGCAGCCAGCAGGACUUCCAGGAUCACAUGUCAGAGGCUCAGCACCAACAGCGGCUCGGGGAAGUGCAGCACUCCAGCCAGACCUGCCUGCUGUCCCUGCUGCCCAUGCCUCGGGACAUCCUAGAGAGAGAUGCAGAAGAUCCUCCGCCAAAACGCUGGUGCAACACCUGCCAGGUGUACUACGUGGGAGACCUGAUCCAGCACCGCAGGACACAGGAGCACAAGGUUGCCAAACAAUCCCUGAGGCCCUUCUGCACCAUAUGCAACCGUUAUUUCAAGACCCCUCGAAAGUUUGUGGAACACGUGAAGUCCCAGGGACACAAGGACAAGGCCCAGGAGCUGAAGACACUUGAAAAGGAGACAGGCAGCCCAGAUGAGGACCACUUCAUCACCGUGGAUGCCGUCGGUUGCUUCGAGAGUGGUCAAGAAGAGGAUGGGGAUGAUGAAGAAGAAGAAGAGAUUGAGGCCGAGAAGGAAUUCCGCCCGCAGGUGAAGUCGAAAGAAACAUCUUCAGACCAAUGGAAGGGCUCUGAGACGUACAGCCCCAACACGGCCUAUGGUGUGGACUUCCUGGUGCCAGUGAUGGGCUAUGUCUGCCGAAUCUGUCACAAGUUCUAUGACAGCAACUCAGAAUUACGGCUCUCUCACUGCAAGUCCCUGACCCACUUUGAGAACCUGCAGAAAUACAAAGCCAAGAACCCCAGCCCUCCUACCCGGCCCGUGAGCCGCAAGUGUGCGAUCAACGCCCGCAAUGCCCUGACUGCACUGUUUACCUCCAGCAGUGGCAGCAGCCGCCUGCCCAGUUCCCAGGACACAGUGAAAAUACCCAGCAAGUGCCCUCAAUGACACAAAUAAGCACUCACUGAAUGAAUGAGUGAAUGCAUGAAUUCAUGAAGCCCUGGCUUUCCAGUCCCUGCUUUUGCUCAACUGUCUACCAUCUAGAAUCCAUCGGCCACAAAAACCCUUCAAGAACCAGCUCAAAAUCUUCGAUGUCUUCCUUCCUCUGAGAAGUCUUCCCCGUCUCCUUCCUCUAUAGCUUCUUUGACCUGCCUCUCGGCAAUGCUGUGUCCCCUUAGGACCCAAGGUCUGGGUCCGUGCCCACUGCGGGACCCACUUCCGAGCCAGCCCAUGACUCAGAAGCACUCCGCUGCCAACUUGGGAACAAAGGGACGAGGGAUGUAUCUGAUGGAUUUAAGGACGAGGCCCAGGGAAGGCGACGGGGACAUGAGUGUAAAUCUGCUACCUCUCAGGGAUGGUUCCCCUGACCCAAAGAGGCUACAGCCUCUGACGGCUGCUAGAUCUUAAAGUCCAACUUCAUGGCAUCUAGUGAUGCCCAAAACUCAGACUUGGGUCAGAGACCCUUACAAUUGAGUCCCAGAACUGCUCUAGCCCAGCCACUCCUUAGAAUGGGGUGGGGACUCUGAGGGUUCCAGUAAACUGAGAGGUCAGUCAGGGCCUGGCCACAGCAAGUACUUAAUGGAUAGUUGUCCAGAUCCAUCCUUUGCAUUUUGUGGCAGGCUAGCAAAAGAGCUAGAAGACGUGAUAUCUACCGGCUCCAUCUAUGUCCAGGGUACUUCUUAGCCAUUGUACCUGUUCUGGGACAGCCUCUUUCCCACCAUACCAAUGUCACUCAGAGGGGGAGUUACGCCACUCCCUCACCAAGUCCCCUCAUGAUGCUCACCACGGCUGCCAGCAGUCGCUGUUCCCCAGCAGUGCCCACUAGUGACCCACCACCUGCCUCCAGGUGGACAGCAACCUUUAUUAAGAGCAGAACCCAGGUGACGAAAAUAUUCUGAAACUGUUGUGACAAUGGCUAUGUUGUGAAUAUAUGAAACUGCAGAACUGUACAGUUUAAAUGGUACAAUCUAUAGUGUGACCUACAGCUUAAUAAAGUUUUUAUAACAAAACAAAAGCAUACCCCAUCCUUAUUGCACAGUAAGUACUGCCUGCCCUCUAGGUAAGGUACCAGACUUGACUUCACUCAAAAACAAAAAACAAAAAACAAACGCUUUCAGAAGGAACUUGUACACUGGAAUCUUAGAAGCUAGCCAUUUCCCAUUUUCCCAUAAAUCCCGACACACCUCCAUACAGAAGAUGCCAAUGUGACCAAUAUUGCAGAUGGGAAAACUGAGGUUCCCAAACGGGCAAAAAAACAGUCUGUAGGCUGAUGUGUACCCUGAGGUCCUUCUGCAGUGUUGUGCACCCAAACACAGUACUCAGUAAGCAGGUCACACCAGCAAAGCCAGGUGGCUGAGGUGCUGACUCAGCAUAGUGGGGCGCCCACCUGGCCAACACCUCCUGCAGAGCCAAUGCAGGACCCGACCCCCUCUUCAGCAAGGAAAGUGGCUGAAGCAAAUCCCAAACCCACAAGCGUUUCUGAAGCUGCCUCAGUUUCCCCACACGACACCAGAGCUGGUUAGCGACAGACAGUUCUCCAGUACUGCAGCGCUCAGGGAUCCGUUCGCUAUUGCUCUCCAUCGCCUCCGAGGUGGCUGUGGGGACAACUCCAGAGCCACUCGGGCAGAGUGAGACAUCUCCUCAGUCCCUCC